AACGAACCGAGACCAAAUUCCCCGUUCCCCCGCCUCCCCCUCCCGGAACCCUAACCCUACCCCGCCCGCCAUGGACGAGGACGCCGGCGACGCCUCGCCGCCGCCGGCACCCCCUCCCCUGGCGCACGCUCACGCGCACGCGCACCAUCCUCACGCUCCCGCCCCCGCCCCGCAGCCCCCCGCCCCCUCGCAGCGGGACAUGUCGUCGUCCCCCACCAGCUCGCGCUCCGUGACGGAGACGGUGAACGGCUCCCACCGGUUCGUGAUCCAGGGCUACUCGCUCGCCAAGGGCAUGGGCGUGGGCAAGCACAUCGCCAGCGAGACCUUCUCCGUGGGCGGGUUCCAGUGGGCCGUCUACUUCUACCCCGACGGGAAGAACCCCGAGGACAACUCCGCCUACGUCUCCGUCUUCAUCGCCCUCGCCUCUGAGGGCACCGACGUCCGCGCGCUCUUCGAGCUCACGCUCCUCGACCAGAGCGGCAAGGGCAAGCACAAGGUCCACUCCCACUUCGACCGCUCCCUCGAGUCCGGCCCGUACACCCUCAAGUACCGCGGAUCCAUGUGGGGUUACAAACGGUUCUUUCGGCGAACUGCCCUUGAGACAUCAGACUUUCUUAAAGACGAUUGCCUGAAGAUAAAUUGCACUGUGGGUGUUGUUGUUUCGACUAUUGAUUACUCCAGACCACACUCUAUCCAGGUUCCAGACUCAGACAUUGGUUAUCAUUUCGGUUCACUGUUGGACAAUGAGGAGGGUGUUGAUGUCAUUCUUAAUGUGGGAGGAGAGAGGUUUCAUGCCCAUAAGUUGGUGUUGGCUGCACGCUCUCAUGUAUUCAGAUCUCAAUUUUUUGAUGAUGAAUCUGAUGGAGAGAAGAGCGAGGUUGAUGAGAGCGAUGAACUGAGAGAGUUUUUUAUUGAUGAUAUGGAGCCAAAGGUUUUCAAGGCAAUGCUUCAUUUCCUCUAUAGAGAUACCCUUGUUGAUGAGAACGAGUUGGGCGCAUCAAGCUCUGACGGUUCUGUCUUUGAUACUCUGGCAGCUAAGUUGUUGGCUGCAGCAGACAAGUAUGAAUUAGGAAGGCUAAGAUUGCUAUGUGAAUCUUACCUGUGCAAGGGUGUAACGGUGGCUUCAGUUUCGAGUACGCUAGAAUUGGCUGAUCGUCACCGCGCUAUGGAGCUUAAAGCUGUUUGCCUAAAAUUUGCUGCAGAAAAUCUUUCAGCUGAAAAUAUUCAUAGUGUGCUGCCAUGAAGAGGAGAGAAGAACAACAUGAAAAAUAAUAAAAAAAAACUUUGCUUUCCCCUUGUUUCUGGUAUGAGGCUACCCCGUUUUCAUUCACAGAAAUAAUGGAAAUACAUCAGUUUGAGAAGAAGCAGACAGGAAAAAAUAGAAGCCUGGCAGACCCUAGUUAUUCACCUAGGCCCAUGAUUCAAACAAAUAAUCUAAGCUCCUAAUUCUGCAGUUUAAACCAACAUCCCAACAACCAAGUAUUGCAUGAGUGAUCAUAUAGUGACCCUAAGUAUUAAAAAACUUUGUUUUGUUUCUAUGUAUGAGUGUAUGCCCCUUAUUUGUGUGUCCAUUUUUAUGGUUAUUAUUCUGGCAUGAAAAAAUUCUUGCUUUUGCCAGUUGAAACUAUUUUGCUAUAUUUCUUGUGGAAGUAUGCAUUUGACCAUUAUACUUGCUUCCAUGUUUCUUUUCAGUACAGUAUGCAUGAGCCACCUACAUUAUUACAGCUUGCUAGGCAUUCAUAUAAUCAGCUCUGUAGAUCACUGGAGUGCCAUUUUGGUACAUUAGUUUUUUUUAAACAACCUAGACUGUGUUAACAAUAUUAACUGAAUGAACAAGAUGCUAAGGUAUUGUCAAUUCUGUAAGAGGUAGCAUGCAGAUGCAGUUUGCAUUAAUGUCUUGUUUUCUGAUAGCAAUGUAUGGAUCAUGGGUAUUGUACUUAUUCUAGAUGUAGUACAUUAGCAACCCAAUUACGAAUAGAAGGUAAGCUAACUGAAGUAUACUGGGGCUGCCACAUGUUGUCAUUAGCAGCUUUCAGAUGUGACUUAUUUGGUUCGGAUGCUAGAUUAUAAUACCUACAAUAUGUUUUCUAAUGACAUUGGCUCGAUGAAUAAUUAUCUAGUUUUUCAGCGCUUGAAAGUCCUUUAUUGCUACAUCCAUAUCUUUGUUGAAAUUCUGCCAACCUAUCUAUUUCGGUGUUGGGUAAUUCCAGGUAUUUCACCUGGAUAUUACCAACAUGCCAACGUUUAACAUUUUGGUUGCUUUAUUUGUGCAAUUAAGUUUUUACAGUCCUGGUGCAAUUAAGUUUAUAAAG